AUGCCCCAACCACUGUGCGCCGACUACUUCAACUGCUCUCUGCCCAAGGAAAAGCGGACAGCCCAACAUAAGAAACUAUACCACGAUCCCCAGCCCACCGAAAUCAAAGCCACCGACGGAAGCCAUGCGAAGAUCUUGGUCCACCGAGAUCCGAAGCGUGCGAUGUAUUUUCCGUGCCCGCACAAGGAAUGCGAUCACGCAUCGAUCCUCCGAACCACUCCAGCAAAGCACCACAGGCGCUGCCAUCUCUUCAAGCGUGACCAGCUGACCCAGCGCAAGCAGAAGGCUACCGCUACCGUCGGCGCCGCUACCCCUGCUCUUACUCGGUGCUCCUCGUCUUUAUCCUCAGUAUCGACACUUUCAUCUGCUCCUUCGUGCUUGUCUCAAGGAUCGGAUUCGGAUGACGUGACUUCUCUCAGCUCGUCUCAAGAACUAAACACCAACGACGUCGUCACCCCUCCUAGCGGCGCGACUAGACAAUCAGAGUCAAACGAUUCUAGAUCCCCUCCUCCUUCCCCGGAACCCUUCACCUGCGCCUCCGCUGCCGAUGUCCAUCAGCUCUUACUGAGCGUGGCUUUCCUUGCUCAAACUAUCGAUCAACUUGACGGACGAGUUGGCGCACAAGAAGAGCUGACGAAACGGAUGACCGCCUCGCGAUCCAAUGCAGCACGAAUCACGAAACUGGAAGAAUGUAUGGAACGGAUCAGCGACCAAGGCGAUUGGCUGAUGGCCGAUGUUCACAACCAGAAAAAGUGCGCUGAGUCCUUCAAAAGGACUGUCGGAAGUGACAUGGCUACCGUAGAGAAUCAUAUGGAGACGGUGAAGGAGCACUUGUUUGAUCUGGUACCGGAGAGCCACGAACUCAAGAAGCAGGUGAAAGAGUUGCAAGAGAGUGUGGCACGGCUGCGUGCUACGCUACGAGAUAUCGUUGACUUUGAUGAAACUGCAAGCCGCAAGAGAUCGUUUAAUUGUAGGAACUGA